CAACUCCCAGAAGACAUGGCGUGUCUGACUCCACCCCUUCCCUCGCCCGGCGUUUCCGGUUUGUGGACGGUCGCGAAGAUGGCGGCGGCCGCUGAAGAUGGGAGGGAGGCUCCUGCUGGCUCUGAACCCGAACCUGAGUCCGAGGCUUCGGGCCCAAUGGAGCAUCGACCCAGCACUCGCUCCAACCCCGAAGGCGCGGAGGACAGGCAGGAUCCGCCCGGGCAAGGGGCGCAGGCCGGCGGCGGCAGUAGGGAAGGGGAUGGAGAAGCCGGGACUGAGAGCCCAGGGACUGGGGGUAGGACCAGGAGCAGCCGCAGGAGGCCUCAGGAGCAGGAAGCCCAGGGUCACAGCCUGCCCCCAUUCCAACCCCAACCCCAACCCCAACCCCAAAAUCAAACCCAACCCCAAAUCCAACCUCAACCUCAACCUCAACCUCAGCCCCAACCCCAAACCCAAACCCCAAAUCAAUCCCAAUAUCAAGGUCAAGGCCAACCCCAAAACCAAACCCAGUCCCUGCCCCAAUCCCAAUCUCAAACCCAAUUCCUGUCCAAGACCCAGACCUUGCCCCAGUCUCAAAGCCAGCCCCAGUUUCAAAACCAGUCGGCGACUACAGGGCAGCCUUCAUUCCUGCCCCAAUCCCAAAGUCAACCCCAAUUUCAAUCUCAACUCCAGCUGCCAACACAAUUCCAGAGCCAGGCCCUGUCUGAGACUCAGAUCAAGACUCCAAAAGUUAACUGCCCAGAGAAAGUGAUCAUCUGUUUGGACCUUUCAGAAGAGAUGUCACUGCAGAAGCUGGAUUCGAUGAAUGGUUCAAAAACAAAUGCAUUAAACAUCGCCCAGAAAAUGAUCGAAAUGUUUGUCCGGACAAAGCACAAGAUUGACAAACGUCAUGAGUUUGCUCUCGUGGUGGUUAAUGACGAGGUGACCUGGUUGUCGGGAUUCACUUCGGACCCUCGGGAAGUUUGUAGCUGCCUGUACGACCUGGAUACAAAUGUCUGUGAGUCCUUCAGUAUCCUUUUGUCACAGAUCCCAAAACUCCCGAGAUGGAGUAAAAUACUGCAGGCUAUUUAAUUCAAACUCUAUCCAAUUAUAUAUCCAUUUAAUGAGUAGACUGGAGGGCACACUGCUUCAGAAUCCCCCGCUCCAGCAUGCUAUUUGCCUUAUUAUUAUCAGGAACUCACUAAAGCGCAAACAGAUAGCAAAGUUUUAUAUCAUAA